AUGGCGAAGCCCACAGCUGGAGGCGCCAGUACAGCCUCGCCUUCAACCUCCUCCUCCUCUGACUCUGCAUCCUUCGUGGCCGUCUCCUCCUCCUCCUCCUCCAACUCCGAAGACGUUGAUGAGGAUACGGUGGAGAAGUGGUUGAGGGGCAUCAUUGGCAACAAAGAUAACCCCAGGGGGGCCAGGAGAGUCCCUCCACUCGACAACUCGUAUGAAACAGACAAGGCCCUUACUGAGAUGUAUUCGAUGCCUAACGGAGAGCAGGAACAUGACCAAGAGGGGGAGGCGAGCGGAGGCAAGAGCGGCGAGUGGCAUUCUGAUGGUGAAGAGGACGAGGAUAGCGACGACCCGAGUCAUGAAGAAGAGGUCGGCACCUCCUCUGCCGCUACCUCCGAGACUUCCGCUUACAAGAAUGAAGACGAAGAAAUGGAAGAUGCCGUCACCUCCAAUCCAGCUCCUCCCCAUGUCAUUGAUCUUCCAGAUGAUGACGAAGACGUGCCACUGAUGCCCCAGGGGAGAAGAAACAGGAAAGCGUCAGCUGGAAAGACACCUCAGUCUGCGUCGGCGACCAAAACAUCGAUCCAGGAAGGUGGCAACGCCAAUCGGACUUCCGUAACUUUCGCGGUACCACUGACGAGUGCUCAGCCUUCGGCGUCAACUGCUCAAACUCUAGCCGAUCCAUCUUCGCUCUUUGCCGCCCAUCAUGUCCCAGAGGACCAAGUGGGUGCUGCCAAGGAAGCCAUACGCCAAGCGGGCAUCAUGAUGGAAAAGAUGAAGAUGGUCCGGGAAGCCAGCCAAGCGGCUUACGACGCCAGCUCAGCUCUUCAGAGCAACGUCCAGGAUAUGAAAUCUUGUAAACUCGGAGUUCGUUUUGCUGAAUUGGAGAAAAAACAGAUUCAGCUCAACCUCGAUCUGGAAUUGGCCAAGACAAAUCUGCAGAAGGCCAAUGAUGAAGCUGCUGGUAAGAGAAAGCUUGCCGACUGA